UAAUAAAAAAAUUCAAAAUUGUUGAUAAAAGUAUAGUGAUUUUGUCGCGUGUUGGCAGCACUAGUGUGACAAAUGGCGGCUUAAGUUAAGUGUGUUUGUUAACCUAAAAUUUUAAUAGACUUUUUGCCAAAUUUUAAGUUUAGGGCGCAAUGGCUCGACUUUUCUUUUCGUCCAGUUUAGCGCACUGUCGUUUAUUACUUAACAAUAGUUUACAACUUAACCAAGCGUCGGGGGUUAGUCGCAAAGCUGCAGACAAGUUGAAAGAAUUGAAAAUACCAAAUAAGCCGAAAAAACCGCUCACGCCUUACUUUAAGUUCAUUCAAGACCACAGACCAGCAUUACUUAAACAAAACCCCAAUUUGAAAGUCACUCAAGUUGUAAGCCAGUUAGCUGCAGACUGGAAAACAGUGGAUCCUUCCCUCAAAGCCAAAUACGAGAAUGACUACAAAAACGAGAUGGAGGAAUACGCGGACCAGUAUUUACGCUACACUGAGAGUCUCACAACUGAGCAGAAAAUGGCUUUGAAGGAGUACAACAAAGAGGUGAAGAAAUCGAAAAUCAAGAGAGAGAAGAAGAAAAAAGUGCGCGAAAACGAUAAACCAAAGAAACCCGUAGGGCCCUACAUGUUGUAUUUAAUGGAACAAGCCAAAGUUUCGAAUAAAAAAUACCCCCAAUUAAUGAAGGAAUUGAAAGGCGAGUGGGCCGAGUUAUCCCCUGACGAGAAAUCAAAAUAUGUAGAAGCGGCCGAAAAAGCGAAAAAACAGUACGAACAAGACUUGAGUAAGUGGGAAAUGAAGAUGAUUGAAGAAGGGAAUGAAGACCUAGUCCGCCAAAGCACACUAAACCCGACAGCCCCCUCGAGGAAGAAAUAGGGACUCGCGUGUCUUCCACCGUCGCCCCCCGCCUGCUUAGGUGAAGGCACAGUAAAAGAAUCUCAGUUUAGUUCGGCGGAUUGUAGUCCGAGUAAUGGCAAAAAGGAUGGGAUUCUUAAAAAAUUUCUCGAUUUUUUUAAGCGUUGAUUUUGCUGUUACUUUGUUUUAUUUCAUCAAAUAAAUACCUAACCCUUAA